AUCCAACAACACGAGCGUUACUCGUCGUAAGCGCGGGCUUGAAAACACAUCACUAAAUCAAAUUUAAACCCCUCCUUUCAGUUCCGCCUUAACCGCCUCUCUCAAACCCUAGCCUAGGGUUUAUAUCUCACUCACCUAUACUUACACCCAUACUUACACAACUCCUCCUUACUCAUGGACUUUGGCCGCAAGCGAGGCAGACAAGACGCCGUUUGGAACGGCGCAACCAAGAGAUCUCGGGAUGAAACGGACUCUUUUGGAACUGGUGUAGGAAGCAAAUCAAAGCCUUGCAUGAAGUUCUUCAGCACUUCCGGAUGCCAGUUUGGAGAAGGGUGUCAUUUCCUGCACUAUGUUCCUGGGGGCUUUAGCGCACUAGGACAGAUGGGAAACAUGGGACCAGGCGCAAGAAAGCCAGCUCCACCAACAUAUGCAGAUGGUCCUGCUCCAGCUAUCAAAACUAAGCUCUGCAACCAAAUCAACACCCCAGAAGGAUGCAAGUUCGGUGAUAAGUGUCGCUUUGCUCAUAGUGAGAUGGAGCUUGGUAGGCCAGGUUUGUCAGCUUAUGAAGAUCCUAGAGCCAUGCGAGCUCCAAUGGGUGGGGCCUAUGGUGGGCGGGUAGACCCAUCUCCACCUGGGCUAGCUGCUGCUGCUAACUUUGGUGCAUCAGCAACGGCCAAGAUAAGCAUUGAUGCAUCACUAGCUGGAGCUGUUAUUGGGAAAGGUGGUGUGAACUCAAAGCAAAUAUGCCGCAUGACAGGGGUGAAGUUUGCCAUAAGAGACCAUGAUACAGAUCCUAAUCAGAAGAAUGUUGAACUUGAAGGAAAUUUUGAUCAGAUCAAAGAUGCUAGUGGUAUGGUACGUGAACUCAUCAUGAGAAUUGGUGCCUCUGCGAGAGGCCCUGUGAGAACCCCUAUGGCUAUGCCUGGACAGGCUCCUCCAGCAAGCAAUUUCAAGACCAAGGUGUGUGAAAAUUUUACCAAGGGGUCGUGUACUUUCGGUGAUAGGUGUCACUUUGCUCAUGGAGCCGAGGAGCUGCGGAAGACGGCAAUUUGAGCAGUAAUCAUUUGUGCUAGUCGCUUGAUUGUUUGAUAACGUGUUUUUAAUGGGAUACAACUUUUUUGACAGAAAAAUUGUGUUUGUGAUAGUGUCAGCAUUUUUCAUUUUGGAUAAGUUUAAUAAGUUCACAAAAUUUAGACUCUGCAGUUAAUGACAGUUUCUGCUUCUGGUCAA